AUGUUGCCCGAGGUCGUAUUUGUACUUGGAGCGCCCGGCGCGGGCAAAGGCACACAGUGUUCUCUUAUUUCUAAAGAAUUCGGCUUUGUUCACCUCUCUGCUGGAGAUUUACUUCGAGAAGAACGGCAGCGGCCUGGUUCAGAAUAUGGCGAAAUGAUCGAAGAAAAAAUUAGAAAUGGUGAAAUAGUUCCAGUGGAAGUAACGUGUUCGCUUAUACAUAAAGCUAUGCAAAAGUCUGGUAAGACACAAUUUCUCAUCGAUGGAUUUCCACGUAAUAAAGACAAUUUAGAAGGAUGGGAACGGGUAAUGUCAGAUAAAACUAAGUUGCUGUUCGUAUUAUUUUUUGAGUGCUCGCGGGAUUUGUGUACGCAACGUUGUUUAAACCGCGGCGCUGCCGGCAGCGGUCGAUCGGAUGAUAACCUCGAAAGCCUGAAGAAAAGAUUCAACACGUAUCUAAAUGAUACCAUGCCUAUUAUUGAACAUUAUGAUGAGAAGGGAUUAGUGCGGAGGGUUAAUGCUGAAAAUGGGCCUGAUGAAGUAUUUACGAAAGUAAAAAAGGUUUUUUACAAUAUGGAAAAGGUAGCUAAU